UGGCAACGACCCGGUUGCUAUGAUCGCUGCCGGACGAUAAGCAGAGAAAUGCUAACAUUUAGAACGAAAAUUCUUCACCUGCCAAGAUGUGAAUUAAACAAAAUUAUUUACAUUUUAGGAGGAAGUGGUAAAACCAACUAAGAUCAUACAGUUUUUCCUAUUUAAAAAAUAAUUUACUAAGGUUAUUUAUCAUCUAAUGUUGACUUGAUAUAUUUCUAUUUGUAAAUUUAUAACUCCACAAAUGUCUUAAGACAAAAUAUGUGAUAAACCAAAUUUACUCUUUUUUGGGGGGUUUAGAGAUGGUUGAUCACUCUGAGCGAUCACAGAGUGUAUUGGCUCGGGGAGUGAAGAUCACAGAAUUUUCUCAAGACCAGAUCAAUCCACAACCAGUGAACUGUGAGGAAACUGAUAUCUUGUUACGACAGUAUCUCUCUCCAAGAAAACUGUGUCUAUUGUCUGGAGUUGAUGACCUUGAAGAUGUGAAAACCCUUGAACUGAAAGUGGACACAUCAGAAAUGAGUCUUGGAAACUUUGGCUCCCUUGUUCCAAAUCUGUGGGAAUUAAAACUCUCUACCAGUAUCAUACACUCAAUUAGAGAUCUUGGUUCUUCUCUCCAUGGAUUGAAUAUUUUAUGGAUGUCACAAUGUUGUCUCCAAGAUUUAGAUGGUAUUGGAUCUCUUUCAAAUUUAAAAGAGCUUUACCUCUCCUUCAAUGACAUAUCAGAAAUAAGUUCUCUCAGUAUGCUGGAAUACUUAGAAAUCUUGGACUUAGAAUGUAACAAGAUUGACUGUAUAUCACAAAUUCAGUAUUUGUCAUUUUGUACGAAUCUCAAAGGCCUAACAUUACAAGGAAAUCCAGUUUGCAUGAAAGCAUCACCUGAAUCAGAAUCUACUGAUUACAACUACCGUCAGUCAGUAUUGAAGUGUGUGCCACAGUUGAAGUAUUUUGAUGACAAGCCAAUAAGUGAUGACACUCCAAGUGAAAAUGUCAAUGUCUUCAGUGAGGAUUGGGACUACUUGUUACAGUUGCAGCAGGACCUCCAUUUUGAUGAACUGCUUUCUGUUUUUGAAGAUGAUGCCAGUUCUGGUAUUCGACCCAGCUCAGCAAUGCGGCCAGCAACAUCCUACAUACCUUCCUUCCAUUCAUCCACAGGGACCAGACCUGGUACAGGGCUCCGUCCUCACUCGGCAAUGGCAACAGCAACAUUCCAUGCACCAAUGACGUCAUCACCAGAAGUAUACACACAUGGAUAUGAAAAGACAGAUGUUUUUGAGUCUCCAGAAUCGAUCAGUGAUCUUACAGAUGGUUCUGUAUUCUGUGGAAAUCCUUCCAAAGCCUUGCGUUCACGAAUUAAACAGAAGACAGCUCCUUCAAAAAAAGAGAAUAUUCUUCUUCCCCAGUUUUCUUUUAAACCUGAGCACACAUUUGAUGAGUUACCAAACAGAAAUGAGAACUUAGCAGACAUCAUAAAACAACUGGAAGAGUGGAAAGUUGAAUAUGAAAAAUGCCAAAAGAAUAUUAAAGAAUCUUCUACACCUCAAAUACUGAAAAUUGAAGAGGAUAAUAUUGAAGAAUGUACAGAAUUAGAUAAUGACCCUUUGUCGUGUUUGUCUAGCAUUGAUAUUGAAGAGUACAAUAUUAAUCUGUCUCAGUCUAUGAGUGAAAGCUUUAGAGAGGAAAGCUACGAUGAAGACCCUGAGUCUACUAGUGAAGUACAUCAUAUCACAUCUAAGCUUAAGAAUAUACCCAACUGUGAUGUACUUCCAGAAGUUAGGAAACCAAGCAAGUUUCCCAAACCUCCAAGCUCUCAACAACACAGCCAUCAACUUAAAACAAGACCUCUAAAUACUCCGGCAAGUGAGAAAAGUGACCAAUUAUCUUCAAAACCCUUAUCAUUCAAAGAACCUGUCAUCAAGAACAAGACUUAUAGUAAUAAACAAGAAAAGAAGCCACACUUAAAGUACCUUACCCGACCCAGUUCUGCCAGGGCAGUCAUUGGUUAUGCCAAUGCCUCAACUUUAUUACCUUCCUUACCAUCCAUAUCCAUCAAACAAAAGCUAAACCCAUCCAAUUAAUUCUUUCAAUAAAUAUAAUUAACAAUAUAAA